AUGAAUCGGGAUUUCGUGUUCAACCACCAGCAAGAUCGGCCCAGUACAUGGUCCAGGGCCGGGAGCACCCUCAAUCGAUGGCUUUGGGGCGCCUUAUGUUGCGGGGUGCCCGGAAUUCCGUGUUACUUUUGCAAUUGCUGUGAAAGGUUGGAUGAUACCACUAUUGAAAGGGACAGGUCCAGAAUCAAUCAAUCAACAGCAACCGCGGAGCGCAUGGCGCGACCACACCGCCCCCACGCGCCCUGCGGCAGAAAAUCCACUCCUGAAAUGCUCUCAGCAGUCAGAUGCGCCCUAUCCCAACUCCAAGGAGAGCCUGCGCCCCCUCUGCCCGUCUCUUCGGGGGAGAAAAGAUACAUGCCCGACCCUGGUUGA